GGUUUGAGAAAAAUUCAUCAAAUAAUUAAAAAGUUAUUGGAAUUUCAAUUAUUUGAUUUGUGACGUCAUAUGCGAGCAGCAUUCCUACAUAGCGAAUGGUAAAAAAUCAAUGAAAUGUCAUUUUCUCAGAAAAUUGAAAAUGGUUUUCACUGUACCUUUUGUAUAUCAAUAGACAAAUCAUUUCACACCCGAUCAUGAAUAGAAAACGAAAUUAAGUCAUCAGGAACCAUACAAAAUUUGAAAUUCAUGCAUUUUAUAUUACAUGACACAUGGGGCAGCUGCUCGUUUAUGACGUCACAAAUCCAAACUUUGAACUCUAAUAACUUUCUUACUCUUUAACAGAUUUUCCUCAAACCUUCACCAAUAUUUUUUACUAUUUUUUCUGCUAUUUUUACUACAAAGUUUUCUUCAGGGUGAACUUCCCCUUUAAUUAGAUCUAUAUUGAUUCAAAUUGUUAUUUUGGUAAAAAAAGGUCUACAAUUGCACACCCCCCUGGCAUUUCAACAAAUAUUUGGCCGAUUGAAAUUUGCACAAAUUGAUGCUCUAACUAAUAAUGAUUGAUAUGUGACAAAAAUUUCAAAGAAAUUCGAAGGCGGGAACUCACGAUAUCGCCUUAUCGGUGUCAACAUGGCAAUGGCUGCGAUUGCGAUGCCGAUGGAGAGUAGUUGUUGCCUCCGAUCGUACAACCAAUUGUGAUGGAUCACAAACAAUUAUAACGCUGUGAGUGUGAUAACAUUAACAAGACUUUUUACAUUUUUUUCUGUUAUUUUUUCCCUUAUAAUUUAUAUUCAUAAUGGAAAAAAGUUUAUCACAUGUUAUGAUCAGCGUUAUUAUUGUUUGGGAUUGAUCACAAUUGGUUGUACGAUCGGAGGCAACAACUACUCUCCAUUGCGAUCGCAUUGGAUGUCGAUGCCGAUAUCGUAAUGUAUUAAUCAUUAUUAGAGCAUCAAUUUGUGCAAAUUUCAUCUCAAUCGGCCAUACACUUUUGAAAUGCCAGGGGGGUGUGCAAUUGUAGACCUUUAGGCUUUACCGUUAUUUUUGUUAACUGAAUUUGACUUUGUAUUUGAAUGUUCUACUAGCUACUCUUCUAUAUUAUAAACAUUGUCUGUGAUUUAUGUUCUGAUGUUCGUACAUUGCCAUGAUGUUGGUAUAUUGCAGUGAGUGCGAUGUAAACAGUGGCACUGACCACAUGAUCACGUAGUACUAGUAAAUUUCCAAGACCAAGCCUCACAUGCAUUAUCAACAUGUCUGUUAUUUAACUCCGGGCAUCGCUAGCAGAUUUUUUUUUUUUUUUUUUUUUAAAUUAUUUUAAAGCAGUUUUUCGCUGCGCAUUACUCCCAUUAGACAUUUUUGGCUCCGGAUCACUAGCGCUGUCGCGCUAGCGAUCCCCGGAGUUACAUGUCUGUUAACUCCGAGGAUUGCCACGCGAUCCGAAUCCACUCAAAAGUGAACAAAAAAAGUUCACAUUUGUGCAGCUGAAUUCAGCUUUAAAAUAAUAAAAUCAUGCAAUACUUAAUUACCACCAAAAUAUGACGCAAUAUGCUAGCUUUGCUGUGCCUCCAUAAAAGAAUCGGAUUUCCCCCUCCAUUCGGCACAAAUUCAGUCAUUUAAUGGCUUCCGAGACUUCCCUCCCGUGGCCAACUGCACAAAUGUGAACUUUUUUAGUUUUUUGUUCACUUUUGAGUGGAUUCGGAUCGCCCCAGAGUUAUGUCUGUAUGUGUGGCGCUGACGAGCUGCAUGAAUGAUGAGGAUCCAAGGAUAAUCUCAUCAGAAAAAGGAACAAGAUGUGUGACGGGCAAUCAAUGGAGACUGAUAAGGAAACUGGGAGAGGGAAGAGAAAGAAGAAACCAACACGCACAUACAUGUAUUCAUCUUCGGAGUUGGAGACGGAUGAUGAGGAGCCUCAACCAAAAGAAACAAAGAAAUCAAAAUCAAAAAUUUCACAGUGCAAUGAGAUGGCCAGGGAUCUCAGGAAGCAAAUGUUUGGUGCCAAUGAAACGAAAAAAUCAAAUGGACGUACGGCAACGGGAAGUGGAACAAGUGGUGAGAUAAUUGACCUGAAAAAGCAGUUGGAGAAAUCAAGGAGAGAGACUGAGGAUCUGCAGGUGAAGCUGACUAAGGAGAAGGCAGUUAGGGAAAAGAUACAGCAACAGCUGUUGUUUUUGCAAGGAGUGCCUAAAUUCAUUGAAACCUUUAAAGGGUUCAUAGUGGAUAUGGAGGAGAUGUCGAGACUCAAGGCUGAUCAUGAAGAGAUGCACUGUCCAUCAGGAGGGUCAUCUACAUCAUCCUCGCCCGCUCGUUCCUCCACCCAGUCCUCCACCCAAUCCUCGCCAUCAUCAGCACGACCACAGUCCCAACAGAUUGCCCUUGGAUCGAAGGUCUCUCUUAGUCGAAACGUCCUCGACAGGUGCAACGCUGGUGAUUUUCGCAAGUACACCUGCGAUUUGAUGCUGGCGGUGUUCGGCAGGCCUACCCUACUGACCUCGUCACUGACUGGUGCGAAGAAUGUGGCAGGUCGCGCAAAGCCACCUCUGGACAGUGACAAGCUUCAGGGGAUAAUUAGUCAUGUCAAGUCAAAGUUCCCAGGAGUGUCAUCAUCGGAAAUCCGCAUCGUUAUAACCGAAAGAGAACCAAGCCAAAGAAAACCAAGCCAAAGAAUUAAACCAAGAACCACAAGAUGAGACCAAAUGAAGCACUUUGUCAAGAUGACUAAUUAAUUAAUAAUGAGCUAAGUCUUGUUACUUACUAAUUAUCCCCUGUUCACUGUCCAGAGGAGGCAAAUUUGCGCGACCUGCCACAUUCUUCGCACCAUUCAGUGACGAGGUCAGUAACAUGGGCCUGCCGAACACUGCCAGCAUCAGAGGACUUAACAAGCACAUGCAUAUUCUGUUCCAAAUAUAAUUUAGUAUGAUCAUCAUGAUGCGACCUAUCCGAGUAUGCCAUGUUUGGUACGUUUCUGGCACUUCUGAAUCGCCCGUCGCUCCUGUGUAUUUUUUUGGUUGAUUGGAAUAUGUUUUAGACCACAGGCAUUGCUAUAAUGCUUGCUACAGACCAACAUUAAAAAAAAUAAUAAUAAUGUUUUAAUAGGGGCCAGAAUUAUCCUUAUCUGAUAUAUUAAAGGUGCUCCUGCAUCGUUUAUCAUACACACAGUGCCAUCUUGCGCACAAACUAGCCUAGUUCAAAAUGGCGAUCUGUAGCGUAGCAUCCCAACGCUUGAUGAUCUUUAACAUUUCACCUGUUUCUAAAGCUAUUUUGAUAAAAAGCUCUUCAUGGGCCAUCACAUCAAUUCUAGGCAUGUAUUGUGUUUUCCGUCCAGCUGGUACUAAUAUAUUAAAUUUUAUGUUUUGGCAUGUGGAUAUCAAAUGACAGUGCGCACGCAUCAAUCAGUGUUCUUUGUUGGCACCCUUCUAAACAAAUAAGUGUCAAGAACUUUCUUGUUGAGUAAAUUUUGAUCUGAUAAGGAAACAAUUUGAGAUUUUUUUGUGCAAAAAAUGGCAUUUAUAUAUGAUCUACGGAUAAAAGCCCAAAUUCACCUUGAAGAAUGGAAUCAAAUCAGACUAACAAGAAACUACGUCUCUUGGAAGACAUCAAAAUUUAUAUGGGGAACCUAAAUUGCCUCAAACAUGCAUUAAAAUUUGAGACAUUUGGUAUUGUUAAUCUGGUCUUUAAACAAAAGCGAAUGGAAUUAAAAUUGCUUUUGUUAUGAUUUUGAAUGACGGGAAUAUACCAAAUUAUUUCAUGUUCCUGAUUGUUCCGUACUCUAUUUGCCAAAGAUAUUGCUGAAAUGUAUUCAUUGUGUGCUGAAAAAUAACUUUGAUAAUGUGUAUGCGUUUGACGCCAUUUAUUUAAGUGGCAAAUUUCCUCUCGUCCUUUAAAAACUUUGCCUUGUGCCAAAUAACAAAGUAUGCUCAUGUAACAUUUUAAAGGCAUUGUCUUCUAUAUGUGUACACAAUAUAUUUACCCUACUUAUUUGUUGUGUAAGGUCACAUUGAUAAAGUGCUGUAACAAAUAUUGUUAUAUUAUUGAUAGAUUAUCUGUAGUAGUUAUAAAAAAGUACUAAAGUAGAGAUGUUAGAUAUCUUCAUGUUUUUGUUGCAACUCAGUACAGAUGUUUUUAACUACAGUUUUGAGAUAUUAUUGAUAGAUUAUCUGCUACAAUUUCUACAUAUAUGAUUCAUUUAUUUAUUUAUGAUUCAUUAUUUUAAAUAAUCAUAUUUUACUUCUAUUUACUUACCUUGUCAAAGAUUUUCUUUGCUCUUCAUUACCUAUAAUAUAUAUUUAUGUUCAGUUUAAUUCUCCACUCAAUUCAAUCUUUAUUUGGAAAUAAAGAUUGAAUUGACUGUAUUAUUCGUGUUAAUUAUAUAUUCAAAAAGCUGCAUCACUUCGCCGUGAUCCCUCGCAUAGGCCUAUAAAGUUGAUUCUAUCCUUUGGGUUUAUGUCAGGUUUCUAUAGCUUCUGACCAUACGAGCAUUGAAAGUUAAGGGGUUUAUGGGACGAAUUAUCGACUAGGGCCGUCCAUAGCUCAGUCGGUAGAGCACCGGGCUAGCAAUCCGGAGGUCUCGGGUUCGAAUCCCGAUGGAACCCCAUUUUCUUUGCUCUUUAUUACCUAUAAUAUAUAUUUAUGGUCAGUUUAAUUCUCCGCUCAAUUCAAUCUUUAUUUGGAAAUAAAGAUUGAAUUGACUGUAUUAUUCGUGUUACUUGUCAAAGAUUGGAAGGAACUUGAUUGAUGUAUGUUUUUGUUCCAACUUGGAUACAAGUACGUGUUUUACAACUCAACAGUUCUUGAAAAUUUUAUAGACUUUAUAUGAAGCGUAAUCUCAACUUGCCUUUACCAUAAACAUUGUGCUCGAACCUAAAACUCGUUAGUCAUAGUAGUUAUAAAAAAGUACUAAAGUAGAGAUGUUAGAUAUCUACAUGUUUUUGUUGCAACUCAGUAGAGAUGUUUUUAACUACAGUUUUGAGAUAUUAUUGAUAGAUUAUCUGCUGCAAUUUCUACAUAUAUGAUGCAUGUGUUUAGUUUUAAUGGUUUUAAAUAAUCAUGUUUUACUUCUAUUUACUUACCUUGUCAAAGAUUGGAAGAUUUAUGUUUUUGUUGCAACUUUGAUACAAGUACGUGGACAGUGUUUUACAACUCAACAGUUCUUGGAAAUUGUAUAGACUUUUUAUAUGAAGCGUAAUCUCAACUUGCCUUCACCACAAACAUUGUGCGUGAACCUAAAACUCGUUAGUCAUAGUUGUUAUAAAAGUACUAAAGUAGAGAUGUUAGAUAUCUUUGUUUUUGUUGCAACUCGAGUACAGAUGAUUUUCACUACAGUUUUUAUCAUGUAAAAUAUUAAGCAUAUAACUUUAACUUGCCUUUACUUCAACCAACCAUUCAGCCAUUGUGUGUGCUAAAACUUCAGGAAUCCCGUUACCUCAACCAACCAUUUAGCCAUUGUGUGUGCCAAAACUUAGUCAUGUUAGUAAGAAAGUACAUGAUUACAGAUGUUAAAACAUAUAUAUAUAUAUAUAUAUAUAUAUACAUAUCUCAAAAUAAACUUUUUAUAAUAUUAA